UCUUUCGUUCCCGAAAUUGGAUACAUACUUCGCAGAAUAAUUACCGAUAAUUGCCGAUCAUACGCAUAAGCUAUAUUAUAACAAAAAUAUGCUGCACGGACGAGCGGUUUGUGGUUAGUUAAUGCGCGAGUCAAUCAAUUUUCGCGAGAUUUUCAGUAAUCCUGUGUAAAUAAUCUCUACACUUUUGGAUAAGUUGUCAUCGCAAGAACAUGCUCCGAAAAUAUGACGAAAAUGGACGUAUCAUGCACGUGAAACAUUUUUAGAUAAAUCUUCGUCGAGAGUAAAUCUCUUGAAUUGUGUCGAUCUUUUUUAUUGAACAGACGAAUCGUUAAUUGUUUAAAAAAUGUCUGUGACCUUUGCGCAACGUGGUAGGCCCCCUCCAAAUCCUGCUCAAAUACAGAAGAUGCUUGACGAGAAUAGCCAACUUAUACAAAUGAUUCAAGAGUAUCAAAAUAAAGGCAAAGCACAGGAAUGUGUACAAUACCAGCAAAUGUUACAUCGCAACUUGGUAUAUUUAGCAUCUAUUGCAGAUGUGAAUCAGAAUCUUCAAACUUUAUUACCUAUUUUUUGUUCCAAGCUACCUCAAGGUAUUCCGAAUGGUCCUCAGCAUGCUAUGAUGAAUCCACAAGGGCUUCCAAGUGGUCCAGGUGCUUCGGCUAGUCCUGGAGGAGAAAUGACUCCAAAUACACAGCCAACUAUGCCAAUGUCGAGUUUUAAUCAAGGUCAACCAAUAGCACAAGGUUAUCGUGGACCUGUGAUGCCUGGUCAAGGACCUUCCAUAAAUAGACCUCCAACUGCACCAGGUCCACAACAAUAUAGAGGCCCACAAGGUUAUCCUCAACAGCCUUCUCAGCAAGGUUAUCCUGCUCAAUAUGCCAGUCAGAAUCCUGGCUCUAAUUACCAAGGACCGCAAGGAUCUGCAUACACUCCUGGUCAACCAAACCAAUAUGGACCACCAAACACUUCUCAGCAACAAGGAUAUAAUCCAGCAACGCAGCCAAAUUAUGGUCCUCCAACUACAGUGAACAGCUAUGGUCCACAACCAGGUGGUUAUCCACCGCCGGGCACGACUCAGCCACCUUCCGGAUACGGACCUCCACCGCCAAAUCAGCAAGGUUAUCCACCAUCAAAUGCUUCUCAGCAAAAUUUCUCAUCAGGUAGUCAACAACAACAACAACCAGGACAAUAUGGCAGUCCUAGUCCACAACCAAAUUAUCAGCAGCCUCCGUCCCAAGCUCCACCUCAAAAUGCAUACGCCGCUGGACAACCUGGAAAUUAUCCCCCUCCAUCCUCACAGGCAUAUGUGAAUAAUGUUCCGCCGCAAAAUUAUCCACCACCUCCGACAACCAGCACGACUCAACCCCCUCAACCUGGAUCUCAGCAAAAUACGGGUCCUCAGCCCAACUAUGUUAGCCAACCGAGCCCAGGUCCUGGGGCGACACAGUACGGUCCCGUUUCUACAUCUCCGCCAUUUAGUACUUCCUCCGCGAGCGGCGGCAAUACUUAUGCUCAGAGUCAGCCAACAAGCACGCCGUCUGCCUCAACACAGACGUAUCCGCCAAGUAGUGGUCCGCCACCAACAUCGCAGGCUGGAAGUUAUGCACCCCCGGUUCCGCCGGCCCCUUCUGGAUAUUCUGUUCAUCAAACACCUCAUCCGACGUCGCACCCCCCGCAUCCGCCGCCGCCGCAUCAAUCACCACAUCAGCCACCGCACACCCCGCAUCAAUCACCCCAUCAACCAUCACAUCAGUCGUCCCAUCAACCGCCUUCCCAUCAAUCGCCGCAUCAGCCACCACAACAAUCUCAGCAACAGUCGCAAACAGCUCCGCAGACGCAACAGCAGCCGUCUCAGAGUCCAGCCCCGAGUGGAUUUCAACCACCGUCUGGACCACCGCAAGGUCCCGCCCCACCACCAGGUCCUCAACAACAACCCGCUUAUGGACCCACUACUACGCAAACAUAUGUUCCACCAACACCAGGAGGGCAACCACAGAUUUAUAGUCCACAUCCACCACAAGGGGGACAACACUAUGGGCAUCCGCAGUAUCCUCCUCAAAGUUACCCUCCACCGCCAGCAGGUCAAGGAUAUCCACAAUAUCCUCCACGACCACCUGGUGGACACAUGCCACCUCCACCAGGACCACAAGGGCCACCGCCACCUAAUCAGUAUGGAGGUUAUGGUUAUCAACCACCAACACAAUAAAAUACAUUAAUUCUUAAAUUUAAAUAGAUCUUAGAUUAAUGUGUAUAUUGAGCAUAUUUUCAUUUACAUUUUUAUUUACAUUUUGUGUAUGUUAAUGUACUUUAUUAUUAUUAUUAAUAUAAAUUCACAAUAUUAUAUUAAUAUAAAUAUUAUGAAUAUCCAUAUUAACAUGAAUACAAAGGAUUCCACCAGUGAUGAGAUUACAAAGAAUUGUAUGAAGAACUUUAUAAUUCAAUCUUUGGUGAUAUAUUACAUCUAACAUCGUAAUAAAAAAAAAAAA